AUGAACAGUCUGGUGGCCACACCUCCUGUUCCUCCUCAUUUCUACGAGAACCGAUUCUCUCCCUCCCGUAUGAUGUCUACACCUUCCUCUUCGUAUUCGAACCGUAAACGGAAAGCCGACGAUGAUGGCAACGAUCAUGAUGGACGCAUGUCUGCGUCUCCCACCAACUCUCCUGCCUUCACUCCCCGACAGCUACCUCAUAAUUACCGCAACAUGAAGCGUGCCCGGCCGAAUGUCUCAGGUCGACCACUAGCUCUUCCUCGUCUCCUAGAGACCCUCGACACCGAUGCUCUCCGCACGGUGGUACGGACCAUGUGCGAGCGCCACCCUCAGCUCGCCGAUGAGGUUGUGCACACCUCUCCACGUCCAAAUGUGUCAUCCACCCUCCAGGUUCUUCGAAACUACCAGGCGGCACUCCAGUCAUCCUUCCCGUUGGGUGGCAACACCGAAUCUGACUACGCCUACAACCGAGUUCGGCAGCCACUCACCAACCUUCUUGACGCUCUGAGCGACUUCACACCCAACUUCCUUCCCCCCAACGAAUCUCAGGCAUCCACAUCCUUGAGCUACUUGGACGGGGCAACCGAUAUUAUCCACGCACUGCCUCGCUGGGCCACGCCACAGAACAAUAUAGAACGAGACUCUGCCUACGACGAGAUGUGCAAGGCAUGGAUUCUGGUAAUCCGGGAAGCGGCCAAGCGUGGUGGCGGUAUCCAGUUACAAUAUGGAGGCUGGGACCAAAAGCUAGCCAAGCACAACCAAAGCUCGGGAGGGAAACUCCAGGGAGCUGUCAAUGAACUCGGCCAGAGUUUGGGAUGGAUGGGUGGACCUGACACACCUUCCCACGGAAAUAACAACGAUAUGGGCUCUAUCAGGGAUCAGCUUUUCUCCGGCACAUACGGGCUGGGAACUCCAGUCAAGGUUGGACCCUGGUGA